CAUUACAUAUCCUCCUCUUGUCAUUUUCAAUCUAAUUUGUCACAUAUGCCACUUUCCCUUUUGAAAAGAUUAUCUCCAAAUGGGUUUUCUUGUUUAUAAACUGUACUCUUAAAAUACAUAAAAUCAUAAAAUAAGCUAUUUCCCAAUGAUCCCUAUGAUCAAAUAUUUAUAACCUUAAUAGCUGUUGGAUUAAAUAGGGGCCCACAUCAAGAGAAAAUGUACUUAAACCAAACUUAAAUUGAAUGGCUUGCCAUUUCCACAAAGGACAUUCCAUUCUCAGCUUCAGGUAGUCAAUAGACAAGAUCCCUCUCUCUCUAUUUCUCUCUCUCCACUGAUUCAUAAUCUCCUUAUCUUACUCCACAAGCUGGAAAAGAGUUAGGAAAGAGAAUUUCAGACACUGAAACAUGAACACCAAUCAGCAGCAGCAGAAGACAGGAGAGAGAGUUGCAGAGUACAAGCAAGAAGCAGAGAAGUUUAAGGUUGAAGAAAGAGAAAGCCAACAGCCAAAUCCAGAGCCACCAGCAACUUCUCCUCUUCCUCCCUCUGCUUCCUCUUCUCCUUCCCAUGAAUUCUCCUUCACAAUCUCUCUUCAUUCUGCCUCUUCUGAUAAAACAAAAGCUGCCACUCCUUCCUUUGCCAUUGACUUGUCCCCUGCGGAUGACAUCUUCUUCCAUGGCCACUUGCUUCCCCUUCAUCUCCUCUCCCACCUUCCUUCUUCUUCCCCGCGCACCUCGACCAAUUCCAUCGACAGCUUCACUAUCCCAAUCAAAGAAAUCUGGGACAAUGAAGACCCCAUCAAAGACAGCUCAAGUUGCAGCACCAGCACCAGCACCACCAAGCACCACGAAACUAGACCUACCGAAACGGGUGGAAGAACCAAAUCGAAGCCUUUCUCAUUGUUCGGCUUUGCGAAGUGGCGAAAAGGGUUCGAGGUUUCCGAGCACGACGAUAAGGCUAAGCACAAGAGGAAGCUGGGGUUUGAUGUUAGUCAGGUUCUAAAGCGAUAUGCAAGUGUGGUCAGGCCGUUGUUGUCCUUCAGAGGAAGGAAGGAGAACUUUCAAAUUCGCCGCCAGGCUUAUUCGUUUUCGGGUAAUUUGAAUCCACGAAACAAGCAAGAAUUGAGAGGAAGAAGAGGGGAAUUUUCGGCACCUGCAUCCAUGAGGACGUCUCCAACAAAUAGCGGCCUUCUCGUCGCGACUCCAUCUGCGUCGUCUUCUACUAGUGAUAGCACCAUGGAAGAAUUACAGUCUGCAAUUCAAGCUGCCAUUGCUCACUGUAAGAACUCCAUUGCUAAAGAAGAUAAAACCAAUGUCAAAAGCUGAUAUAAACAGUAAAUCUUCUUCGCUCGUAAACUCCGAUUCCUCAUUCAUGUACAAUAUCCAUACAUAGAGAGAGAGAGAGAGGAAAAAGUGUUCAACUGGUAUGCAUGGCUCCAAAAGCUCAGAGAAAUUAAGUUUGUAUUUAAUGUAAAAAGCCCAUGAUUAAUUGCUCUAUGAUUCUUAAUUGCGGAUUUUGAGCAUUUGAAUAACUUCCUAGUCUUGCACAUAGAGCAUGAUUCUCCCAUGUGUUAUUAAUACACAGAAUGAACGAACCCUUUUACUGUUUCA